AUAUGACUACAGUGGAGAAGAAAGUGAACCACAUGACGCUCGUGUCUGUGUCAAACCUUACACCAACAUGGCUUUUCAGGCGUGCAGGCUGUCUCUGCGCAUAGUAACCUUAUUUUUCCUGUUAUCUGUCUUCACUGGUGGAAAGGCUCAGUAUAAAGGCUUCAGGAGGUUUUAUCAGGUGCAGGACAUCAGCUUGAGGAGUGUGUUUGAGGAGCAAUGGUUCACUCAAAAGCUGGAUCACUUCAAUGGUGCAGACAGCAGAGAGUGGAAACAAAGGUACUUUGUAAAUGAAGCCUUUUACAAGGCUGGUGGUCCAGUGUUUCUGAUGAUUGGGGGAGAAGGAAAAGCAAACCCAGCCUGGAUGGAGACUGGAACCUGGCUCACCUACGCAGAGAAACUGGGAGCCCUGUGCUUGAUGCUGGAACAUCGCUUCUAUGGAAAGAGCCACCCAACAGCAGACCUCAGCACAGAAAACCUGCGUUAUCUCAGCAGUCGACAGGCGCUGGCUGAUCUGGCACAUUUCCGCACAGUGAUGGCAGAAAAACGGGGGCUGACUGGCAGUAAGUGGGUGGCAUUUGGCGGGUCGUACCCAGGAUCUCUCGCUGCUUGGUUUAGGCUGAAGUUUCCACACUUGGUCCAUGCCUCUGUGGCCACCAGUGCACCUCUUCAUGCCACUGUCAACUUCCCAGAAUACUUGGAGGUGGUAUGGCGUUCACUGGCCUCAGAGAACACAGAGUGCCCCCUACUGGUAAAAAAGGCUUCAGAUACCCUUCUUGAGCGCCUGAAGGAUCCGCAGACCUAUGACAACAUCACCAAGGACUUCAACCUGUGCUCCAAACUGCAGAUCCAGACAGAGAAGGACUCGGCCUAUCUCCUAGAAACACUGGCUGGUAACUUCAUGGAUGUGGUCCAAUACAAUGAAGACAACCGGGUUUUUGCGGGUGCAGUGGGUACCAACAUCACCAUCAAAGUGCUGUGUGGCAUUAUGGCUGACACUUCACUGGGAGACCCAUAUGCCCGCUACGCUGCUGUGGCUCAGCUCAUGAUGGACACCUUCUCCAUGAAGUGCCUAGAUGCCAGCUUCAACAAUUACCUCAAAGACAUGACUAACGCAUCCUGGGAUGGGACGGCUGCAGGGGGAGGGAGACAGUGGGUCUACCAGACCUGCACUGAAUUUGGAUUUUACCAGAGCACCGAUUCACCAAACCAGCCGUUCACUGGCUUCCCUCUCAUGUUUCACGUCAGUCAGUGUGCAGACUUCUACAACGUCAGUGCUGAGCAGGUAGCAGAAGCUGUGGCCCUCACCAACGAGUACUACGGCAGCUAUGGCAUCACCUCCUCCAGAAUUGUAUUUCCCAAUGGGUCCAUUGACCCGUGGCACGCCUUAGGAAUCACACAGGACAUCAAGGCUGACCUUCCUGCUGUUUUCAUCAUAGGAACAGCCCACUGCGCCAACAUGUACCCUGCCAGGGCUGAGGAUCUCCCCCAGCUAACUAUGGCCCGUGAACACGUCUUCUAUCUUCUCCAGCAGUGGUUGAAGGAAUAACUCACAGCCAAACAGGCAUCAAUGAAAUUUAAGAGCAGACUUAUUACUGCUUUGUCCAAAUUUUCCAACCACAUUACGACUUCUUAAAAGAGCACUUUACACAAGAAUCAGGGGGCACAGGCAUUUAAACUGAGCAAGAUGUUUUUUUAAUUGAUGAAUAAAGUUUUUUAUGAUUGUG